AUGUUGCCUUUAUGGUCUAUGGAAUUGAGCUAUGCUGAUAAGAUAUGUCUCAUGCUGGUAGAAUUCUUUCUUUAUUUGGGGUUAAAUGGCCAUGUCGGCCUUAUCAACUACGUCUACCAAGUUGAAGGGCGCGAUUUGAAACAAGGCCUAGCUCGGCUAGUCAAACACCUGGAAGCCAAGAACCCAAUCUUUCGUACAGUCAUGAUAGAGGACGACACUGGGAAGUUUACCCAGGUCCAGCUUUCGCACAGCAUCUCGACCUGGACCUAUCCUACAGACUUGCAGGCAUAUCUCGAUGAAACAAUGACGGGGAGACAACGCCUUGGGGCGUCACCAGUACGAUACAGCCUUGUCCUCAAGGACGAGCGACACAAAGGGCAGAACUUUUUUGUCAUUAGUCUCGACCACACGCACUGCGAUGCCUUCUCUCGCUAUCUGAUCGAUAAAGAGAUCCUCCAGAUACUGAAACAGCCGACGGAAUAUGCUAGUCUACAGAAUCCUGAGCGUCCUUGGUAUGGUGAUUUUGUCAAGCAUAAUCGCGCGCAUAUUCUCGAUGAACAACUUUCCCGGUACUGGGCCUCAUACAUGCAAGGUGCCACGCUUGCAAAUGUACACCCACUCAGCGAGGCUGUGGUAGGUGGUGAACUCGACGGUGAGAUGGUUGAGAUUGUUCCGAUCCCAGUCGUAUCUCAGUCACGGGGAACCCGUGGUCAAACAAACCCAUCCCAUGUCAUAUUGGCCGCAUGGGCCAUGGCACUGUCCAAGCAUUCAGGUCUCAAGGACAUCACCUUCGGGCUUGCUCGCCAUGGCAGAUCUUCCGACUCGUUCACGGACUUGAGACGAGUCAUGGGACCGCUGGUAACAGGGACGCCGUUCCGUGUGACACUCAACGACACCCAAGAGCGCACUGAACAAUUGCUCAACAGGGUGAAGGAAGAGGUGCUAAAGACAGCCAGAUGGGAGCAAGGAAUGGUUCCAAAUAUCCAUCCAGACGCUGAAGGCAACCCGUGGGUGCAGUCAAUGGUCAACUUGAAGUCGGAGCUGUACGGUUUCGGGAAUGAAUCUUGGACUGGGGAUGAAGCCGAAGCGGACAUUACCGCGAUCAAAAUGAGGAGAGACUUGCAGCAGUAUGAGUUCAAGAGCAAUUGGGCCAUAUUGCUGUCCACUUUACAGAAGCAGGGCCAGUUGCGACUUCGAAUGUACUAUCAGUCGCAGCUCCUGAGUCACGAUAAGGCGCAAGCAUUGUUCGCCAGCUUCAAAUCAUUGAUAGCUGAACUGGCUGCAGCAGAUGGCAGUCUGGUCACAGGCUUGUUGGACUAG